CCUGCGUCUGUGGUCCUGCCCUCCGCACUUUGGUUUCGUCGAGUGGAAAUGAAGCAAGAGUUCGAACAAUGACUGCGGUGGUGGUUUGUCUCAGAGGAAAAAAAAACAACUUUCUAUUCUGAAGAGAAGAAGAACCCCAGGAUGUUGUUGACGUCUGUUCUCCUCAUAUCUCUACUUUCCUACUCCGGCAGCAAUAAAGUUCUAUCGCCUCGGAACGUGUCUGUAUACUGGAAGAAUGACUUUGAGCCGGAGUUUUCGUGGAUACCACCACAAGCAAACUGCUUGUACAACAUAAACAUUACAACUCUGGACGAAAACAGCGAAACGCUGGAUGAUGGUAUCAACGUCACCACCUACAGAGCUCAAUAUAUUCACUUGGGCGGAGGAAAACUGUUCUUCUCUGUCACAGCCGUCUGUGAUAAAACUACUAGUAGUCCGGCAUACCUCAACGUGGCCUACCCAGACCUUGUGAAUGACCUGAGGUGUGUUGUGGUCUCGGCCAAUGAGACCAUUUGCUCUUGGAAACCCACCGGAGCGGGCAGGGACUUCCAGUUUUUUUAUUGGUUUCAUUUCAAUGGAAAAGAAGAAGAAUGUCCAUCAUACAUUGUCAGCAGUGGCAUGAAAAUCGGCUGCAGCCUUCCACCAGUGGUGCAAUAUUUACGUAUUUUGCUCAACAGCACUGGGGAGGAAGGAGCUAUCAGAAACACCUUCUUACUUCCUCUUUUACCAGUGUCGCUUCCUCCCCUUAAGACGACCAUCAUCAAACAUAAAAAUGAAUUAAUAAUCAACUGGACGGCUCCUGAGGCUUUAAAUUUGAUCUACUGGACAUUUAAUAUCAACUACACAGAAUGCAACCAAGUCAAGACGAAACACGUCAAGAACAAGCUGUCAGCUGAGAUAAUCCGAGUGUCCGACUGUCAGUACCUUCUGUCCAUCCGAGCCGAGAGUGAUCGCGGAAACUCGCAGUGGAGCAAGCCGGAACACAUUGAUGCACUUUCAGACUUCAGUCCUUCUGUCUACUUUGUUGUCAUCCCCAUGGCCCUGUUAGCACUGAUGGUGGUGGCUCUGGUUUGCUGCAGCAAGUAUCGGGAUAAAAUCUUCCCUAAAGUGCCUGAACCCAAAAACCUUCUGGACAGCAACGGAAAUAAGGUCUGUAACUUGCUUACCCCAGCAGAGGAAGAGCAGAGCUGCGACGUGUUCAUUGUUCAGGAUAGCAACACAGCUUGUGGAACAUGUGACAUCCUCGAAGACUCUUAGGCUUCUUGUGUUGUAAGCUACUUGAGGGCAUUUAAAAAUAUCCUGUAUUGUUCUGAUCUCAUCUCACCAUACGUGAUGAAUGCCGUGCUGUGUUACAGAGUGCCUUUGUCAUAAUAUACAUAUAUUAUUAUAUACAACAUAUAUAAUCACAGAUUAUAAACAAGCCUGGUUGGUGAUGACUAUCAACAUGUUUCUAAAAAAAAAAAAGAAAUAGGAAGUGGUGCAGCUGUCCUUGCUCACCAUCCUUUCAUCUACUAACUAACUUCUGGGACUCGUAUGUUCUAAAUUUUACAACAGAAAAGAAAUCUGGACCAUGAUCUUUGAAGUGAAAAGCAAGCCCUUUUGUUCUGUUGCAAUCAUUUGAUCUUUAAUUGUGGUGCUGUUGUCCUUCCUGAUGGACAGUGUUCUUCCAUUAUUGUGAUGAAUGAGGUGAAACUAGUUCCAAGUCAAAUGACUGAAGAAUGUACUUAAAAGUGCCAAGUUUCAAUGUGUUUGUCGCAAGCUUUUUUUUUUUUUUAAACUGGACAUCACUUCUCUUUCCAGAGUGAUGCUUGUGAAAAGAAUGGAUUUGGGAGAGUGUUGUAGCUCUGUGUCCAGUAUAGUCGCCUUUCUGCUGGUCAGAAAACUGCGACUGUGAAACUUGCAAUUGGUGUGCAUCUGCUUCCCUUGUCAUUCAUCCUUGACAUUGUCAUUCCUACGUACGUACAGACGUGCACCCUCUGUGAAUAAGAGGGCUCUUUCAGUGGCCUUAAUGCAAAGAAUAAAAAAACAACAACACAACGUUCCAUGUUUGAGUUAUCGUCUUUAUUUGUUUCUUUAAAUACUUUGUUUUUUUUACAUAGAUAUUUCUUAUACACUCAUAGAUUAUAUGGGUCAUCUGUGUCUGUAUAUUAUGUACACUUUGAAGUCAUACAUGAACACCAAGAAAAUAAAACAUUUACAGUGCAUCUCU